AGUAAGUCGCAACUGCUCGCAAAAGGGUGACAGAACGUAGAUAUAUUUCUCGAACGAAAAAAUAUGAUAGAAAUAAAGUAGUAAAGCACUAGCUUGCUUACAUGAAAAUGGGAUUCUGAUAUGCGCAUAAUCUACAUUCUUAGUGGAGUGCAUAAUAAGAGUAAUGUCAGAGUCUAUUAAGACUGAGAAGAAUUAAAGUUAAUAUUGCCACAAUGAACUCCAAAGAAGAUAAGAAUGAAUCAGGGCCUGGAGCUAAUGACAACCAUUCCAUUGAGUCAGAUACAAAAACUUGCAAAGUUAAAAAAAUACAGAAUCACUUAACUAGUGAUAAAUUUAAACUGAACAACAAUGUAGAAGAAUCUGAAAUCCAGUGUAAUAGGUCGCAAUCCACCCAACCAAACACUGAACUGUUUUCAACAGCAGGAACAAAACAUAAAUCUAUUUUGAACAGUAACACUAACCGUGAAGAUACAGAUAUGAAAAAUAAUGUAGACCAUGGCUCAGGAAUAGAAAAAUGUCCAUCGAAGGUUUCAUGCAGUUCAGAUUCGAGUCCUGAAGCAGAUCAAAUGUGGUCAAGUUCGUAUUCAUCAAAGUGUGCACUAAAUAAUAUCAGUAGCAGUAUUGGCUCUACCAGUCAAGGAACAUGUUGUUUUCUUCGUCCUAACAUAAACAAUAGCCGUGAAGCGCCAGGACCUAGUGGUUUGCAAAAGGUUCGUUUCCCAGAUAUCCCAGACACAGCAGUGCAACAUCGUGAAAGGCGGGAUUCCAGCUCAGGAAAUGAAGGGGAUAUGUCAGAUGGGGAAGACUACUGUAUUUACACUUACAAAGGAAGUGACGAGUCUUCUUCAAAUUUUGGACCACCAAUAAAUCCUCCAAUUGAAGCUGAAGCUGAAGAGCCAUGUCACAGUGGACGAUCAAGUCCUGAAAUGGACUUUCUAGAAAUGGAUUUUGAUCCUGGUCCCUCCUGCGAGCAAGACACGGGAGAUAGUGACUUGGCAUCCAUCAAUGAAGAUAUUCAAAACAUUGCUCUGGACAAUGCUGAGGCUGAUCUAGUGUUACUAAAUGACUUGAGCAGUGGCAGAGUAAUAGCCAAACAAGCAUGUGCUUCUACAAGUCAGCCUAAACAAACACCAAAAAAUGUUGAGAUGAAUCGUCCUUCUGAUGAAAGUAAAUCCAAUACUAACUCACAAGUAAAUAGUCAGAACAGUACACCCUGGUUACCAAGUACAAGUGGCAAAAUCAAAAAAUGGGAAGCUGCAAGUAUAUCUCGUAAUGUAGGCUGUCCUCUCCGUGAAUCCUAUGGCCACCAUAACACCAAUGGUGAUUUAAUAUCACCUGGUGAUACCCGUGACACUGACAGUGAUCUUUUUUCGGAUGCGACAACUGUAUCAGUACCUGAGAACUCAAAUUUGAACUCUAGAAAGGUCAAUUUGAGUUCUACACUUUACCAUCGAAUGAUGGCUAAAAAACUGAUGUUGAACAAACAGGCAGCAUUUAAUCAAAGUGGAGAAUCAAAUCUGGAAAAUGAAUUGUGUGAUGAAAGAUUGGACACUCUACUGCCUGUAGACAAAGUGAUGCUAUGGAGCGAACAAGAAGCAACGGUUAAACAAGUUACGCAAAUAGCUACCUCGGCAUGUGGAGCAACAUCAGCCAUAAAUGCUCUUCUUGCUCUGGGUGUUCCUUUUUCGUUGGAAGUUCUUAUUCGCGGGGUAGGAACAAGAUUAAGGGAGCCAGGCACUCCUUUACCUAAAUAUUUGAUGAGCAGAUCAAUGGCAGGUGCAACUCACAAAGAUCUAGCUCGAGGAAUCUCAUUGGCUACAAAUGGAGCCGUAAUAACGAAAUUUUUUGCGUUCUAUCCGGAAAGGAAGGUUUCACUAUCCCACUGGCUGCACUACUGGCUCUCUAAAGGUGCAGCACCGAUUGCCACUUUAAAUCUACAACAUUGUGGCGAAGGAUGCGAUAUUCCUGAUGCCUGGCAUCAUCAAAUGAUCUUUGGUGUAGGACCAGCAGGAAUUUAUUUAACGAAUCCAUUGCAAUGUUUGCCAGAACAGAUUGUUUGGCAUCAACUAGUAAGUCCUAGUGUACUUCUCAUAAGACGAGCAGAUGUAUUGGCCCAUUGGAAUUCUUUGACAGACCUCAGGCCCCUCACAACACUGGACCAAAGUUGGCGUAGACUCAACGUCCUUGGCCAAGUGGUGAAUAUGAUAAGGGAAACAAUGGGCCAAAGACAACAAGGACAGAUUGUAUGUAACGGCACAAGCCAUAUUCGUAUCCCAGCAUCCUAUCGCGCGGGCAUCACCUUAGUGAUGUCUGCUGAUACUGCAGCAGCGGAUGAAUUACUUCAUGCCGAUGAGCUCCCAUUACUCUAGUCUAAGCAGAACUCGAAAAUCAAAAGAAAAGAAAAAAAUCGAAAAAACGUGGCCACUCCUCAAAAUGAUCAUUAUUAGAUCAGUCUAGAUAGGCUGGGGCGCACAACGUGCCGGAACACGGUUUGCUUCCUUCAUUUCCUUUGUAUAUAGAAUAUAUUAAUAACUUGUGAAACUGUACCCUCGUAGUGCGAGUGAUGACCCCCCAAUGACCUAUAAUCAGCAGACCAAUACUAUAGGUGUACAGGUUUUUCUAUGACACGGUAUCUGGCAUUUUAUCUGAUUAUCACUAGAUCAUUGUGCCUUGUAUCGUUAUAGAGAAACAGCGCUGCUGAAUCGAUUUUAUUGUCUGCGCUCAGCAGAUCCGAUUGCCUGAUAGCAAUUAUUAUUAUAUAAUUAUUAUAAAAUCUCUAAACGGUUAAUUAAUAACUCAAUCAAAUAUCCUUGCUAUCCGUCAGUCGGUUGUCCUGACCACAACCAUUGAUAAUAAUGACAAUUACGAGAACGUAUUUGCUUUCUACGUGCUUGCCUAUCAUCCGGACGUGUUUACCUAUAUUCAGAAUGAUUAAAAAUGAGGUAAAAUAAAAUAGAGUGUGGAUACUUGUCAGAUAUGUACAAUUGAUAAGACACGUAGGAUAUGUACGUUGCAUCUUGCUAGUAUUCAAUAAAUUUCUUUUACUACUAGGUAAAA